ACAUAUAUUCAUGGUCAAAAACAUUGAGUACAAACCAUAGACCCACCAACUGCAUUAGCAGAGAUACGAAAUCGCGUUGUGUUCUCGCGGGACUAGGGCGUUCUCGUCACGUGAUCUGUUCCGCUCUACGCCUGUAGUCGUCCACGAAAUGGAGUGUCGUGAUUCCAAGGAACCUGAGCAGCUCAGGAAGCUGUUCAUCGGCGGUCUGAGUUUUGAAACCACUGAAGAAAGCUUGAGGGCCCAUUUUGAGCAAUGGGGAACGCUUACAGACUGCGUGGUGAUGAGGGAUCCCAACAGCAAGCGGUCCCGAGGCUUCGGCUUCGUAACGUACUCAAACGGCAGCGAGGUGGAUGAGGCCAUGAGUGCCCGACCACACAAAGUGGACGGGAGGGUGGUGGAGCCAAAGAGGGCCGUUUCCCGAGAGGACUCCUGUAGACCCGGCGCCCAUCUGACGGUGAAGAAGAUCUUCGUGGGGGGCAUCAAGGAGGACACGGAGGAGUACCACAUCCAGGAGUACUUUGAGAAGUACGGCCGCAUCGAGUGCGUGGAGAUCAUGGAGGAGCGCUCCACGGGGAAGAGGAGGGGCUUCUGCUUCGUCACCUUCGACGACCAUGACACCGUGGACAAAAUAGUCGUCCAGAAAUACCACACCAUCAACUCUUACAACUGCGAGGUGAGGAAAGCCCUCUCAAAACAAGAGAUGAACGCAGUGUCCAACCAGCGCAGUGGAGGUUCCGGAAACUUCAUGGACAGGGGUGGUAAUUAUGGAGGUGGCAACUUCAGAGGUGGCUACGGUGGAGGACGUGGUGGUUAUGGCGGGGACGGAUACGAUGGAUAUGGUGAUGGUGGAAACUACGGUGGAGGUGGUUUCGGCGGCGGUCGCGGGGGCGGCGGAGGAGGGGGGUAUGGGGGUGGAGGUCCUGGAUAUGGGAAUCAGGGUGGGGGCUUCGGUGGAGGUGGAUACAACGACGGCUACAACGAUGGAGGAAACUUUGGCAGCGGUGGAGGAGGUGGAGGAGGAGGAGGAGGAGGAGGAGGUGGGAAUUACAAUGACUUUGGAAACUACAGUGGAGGCCAGUCCAAUUACGGACCGAUGAAGGGCGGCAACUUUGGUAGAAACUCGAGUGGACCAUAUGGAGGUGAGACAGGAGGAUAUGGCUCUGGAGGUGGUGGUGGAGGAGGUAGUGGUGGAGGCAGUAGUGGAGGAGGCUACGGCUCCCGGCGAUACUAGCCGUGUGACUGACCCCCAGGCUUCAGUUCUUAGCAGGAGAGGCGAGGAGGUGAGCAAAGGAAUUGUCAGGCCAGCUGCAGGUUACAUUGAGGCAGUGAGUCAGACACAGAACCACAGCUAAAUGGGAGAUGUAAUUGGCGAAAAACAAAGGACUUUGGUGAAGAAGUGUAGAUGAUACCUUUCCGUACUUGUGUUAGAUCUUCCCUUUCUCAACGUUUUUCUUUCCUUCUGUGCAUCUGAAGUGUAUGUAUUGUGCCUAUGGUAUGAGGAAAAAAUAUCAUUUUUUUAUUUUUACAUCUAAAGUCAGUUCCCUAUAUCAUUUUUAUUUCUUUUUUUUUUCCUGUAGAUUCGAUUUCUGCUCGUAUGAAUUUUAAAUCAACCAAUUUGUCAACUUUGGUUUAGACAUACACCCUUUUACGUAGAAAAGUAUACGUUUUUGUUGAAGUUAUUAUGAAUGCUCAGUUGAAGCGUGUAUUUUGAUUUUGUAUUUGAAACAGAUUAUGUGUUUCCUUUUUUAGUGUGUCGUGUCUACAAACAAUAGUCUGAAUUAGAAAUAAGGGAUCUUUCACUAUACUUGUACACAGAAAGCAGAAUUCUAGAUUGUUCAAGUAUUUUGAGAAGUAGAAAACAAAUAAAAUUGUCUAGUAAAGUG